CUUAAACAAAAUAGCGUCUUGGCAAUCGCUCAUCCACUCCUCCGCCUGUUGUUAAUGCCUUCAUACAUAUGUUGUGCAGAUAGUUAUACUGAACACUAGACAACACAUACCUUGACCAGUGGAUAUUUCUCUCCUACAUCGCCAGCUUAGAGAAUCUUGAUUCUUACUCCUGCACCCCGGCAAUCCGAAUUCUCCAGCGGAAAAGCUUGUGAUCUCCAAUUAACACGGGCCUUGUGGGCUAGUUACAACCUCAUAUUCCUUUAAGAUGUCGGAUGACGAUUUUAUGCAGGACUCUGACCAGGAGGAAUAUGACUUCGAGUAUGAGGACGCCGAUGACGAUGAGGCUGGUGAUAUCGGGAUCGAAAAUAAAUACUAUAAUGCGAAGCAGAUUAAAGCGGAUAACCCAGAAGAAGCCAUUAAUGAAUUCUUAGAGGUACCUGCUCUAGAAGAGGAGAAAGGCGACUGGGGAUUUAGAGGUUUAAAGCAGGCGAUAAAACUAGAAUUUAAGCUUGGUCGAUAUGAGGAUGCCGUUGAACAUUACCGCGAGCUGCUCACCUACAUUAAAUCCGCCGUCACGCGAAACUACUCCGAGAAAUCGAUUAAUAACAUGCUGGAUUACAUUGAAAAGGGAUCUGAUGAUGCAAAUGCGUACCACUGCAUGGAGAAAUUUUACUCCCUAACGCUCGACUCUUUCCAGAAUACCAACAAUGAACGGCUUUGGCUGAAGACUAAUAUCAAGCUAGCGAGACUCUGGCUUGAUCGCAGAGAGUACGGCCUGCUAAGCAAGAAAGUUAAGGAGCUACAUCGAGCAUGUCAGCGGGAGGAUGGAACAGAUGAUCCAGCUAAGGGGACAUAUUCACUGGAAGUCUAUGCUCUGGAAAUCCAGAUGUAUGCUGAUACGAAGAACAACAAACGGUUAAAAGCUCUCUAUCAGAGGGCACUCACUGUGCGGUCCGCUGUCCCACACCCGAAGAUCAUGGGAAUAAUUCGCGAAUGCGGCGGGAAAAUGCACAUGAGCGAAGAAAACUGGAAGGAGGCACAGAGUGAUUUCUUCGAAUCGUUCCGGAACUAUGAUGAAGCGGGCUCAAUGCAGAGGAUCCAGGUCCUAAAGUACCUUGUCUUGACGACCAUGUUAAUGAAGUCCAAUAUCAACCCCUUUGACUCCCAAGAAACCAAACCAUACAAAUCAGAUCCGCGGAUAUCUGCCAUGACUGACCUAGUCGACGCCUUCCAGCGCGACGACAUCCACGCUUACGAAGCAAUCCUCCGGAAUAACCCAGACGUCCUCUCAGACCCCUUCAUAGCCGAGAACAUCGACGAAGUAAGCCGCAAUAUGCGCACCAAAGCUGUCCUAAAAUUAAUAGCUCCCUAUACCUGCUUCAGCCUAGCAUUCAUUUCCAAACAAAUCAAGAUCUCCAUCCCUGAAGUCCAGGAUAUCCUCAGCUUCCUAAUCCUUGACCAGAAGAUCCCAGAUGCGAAAAUUGACCAGGAAACCGGCGCCGUUGUCAUCAAUCGGCCCGACGACCAUGAACGAUUACAAGCUCUGGAAACGUGGACAUCGCAGCUAAAUUCUCUAUGGCAGAGUGUUCUGACAAAUGCAGACGGGUUUAGAGUCGAGGAUACUGCUCGUCUUCAUGCGUCUUUGAUGAGUAGCGGCAGCGGAUAUGGGCAGUUGGGCCUUGCGGGGGAUGUAUUGCCCUCUCCAGAAUUCAGAAAAUUGGGCGCUGGUAGGGCGAAACGGGAUUGGAAAGGGAAGUCAGGAAUUGCAAAGGCGUUUUCACGAGCUUUAUAAUACCUUUUUUAUCUACUGACCCUAUCUUAACUUUUGUGUGUUUUUUUUU